CUGGACUCCUCGGUCCUCGACUCCAUCAACAAAUUCCCGCUCCAAAACUACGACCCAUCCGCCAUGCCAAUUCUGCCUAGCCCUGUGCAGCAAUUUCCUUACUCGCCGCUCUCCUCGAGAUCCAGCUCGUUCUCCUCUGUGCUCGAGUACCAGCUGCCACCGCCCCUGGUCACGCACCGCUCGCUGCCACACCUCUCUUUCCCAAGACGCUCGCUCACAGAGCCCGCUAGCCCGGGCCAGCCAUCCGCAGCGGCCCGCUCCGACUCAGAGUACAACGCCCCGGUGUGCCCAUCGUCCGAUUCCGACUGUGGGGCCAAGUACUCCAAGAAAAAGCGCUCCAACCUGCCCAAAAAGACAACGGUUAUCCUGCUCAACUGGUUGAACGAUAACCUCGAACAUCCGUACCCCAACUCGAAGGAAAAAAUGGAGCUCGUCGCAAAGACAGGCCUCACCAACCAGCAGCUCUCUAAUUGGUUCAUCAACGCGAGAAGACGCAAGAUCCAGCUGCUCAGAGAGCUCAAGUCCAACAGCACCACCGUGUGAUGCUCUGUCCAUACUACGCAAUGUCUACAGUAAUAUUAUCUCGU